AUGAAUUUUAUUCCCCUCCUCGUCCUGCUGGCCAUGUGCUGGCCCAUGCCGGCACAUGGGACAACUGUGGGGACCUGUAGGCUCUGGCCCAUGGCUUCUUACUGCAGCACCUCAUGCAUUGCAGGUGGCACAGAUGCCCAGCUGGGGGCCUGGCCCUGGAUUGUCAGCAUCCAGGAUCCCUGGGAAACAGGCACAAGGCGUAUAUGUGGAGGGUCCCUCAUCAGCCCACAGUGGGGGCUCACAGCAGCCCACUGCUUCAUCGAGGCCAGGCAUGUCGCGAUGUGGUGGGUGGUGAUCAGGGUCGGCCAGUUGACUCAGCUAGGCCCUGAGGCCCAAGUGCGCAAUAUUAAGCAGGUUCAUGAACACUACAGUAAUAUCUCAGAGAGGAACGACAUUGCAUUGCUGGAAUUGGACCAGCCUGUCCAGUACAGCUACUACACACAGCUCACCUACGUGCCCGAUGCCCCACUGAGAGUGUCAGAGCUGAGAACCUGCCACAUCAGUGGUUGGGGCUCCACGACUGCAAGAUCUGGAGGAUCAACUGAUCUUCUGCAGAAGGCCAAGGUUCACCUCAUUGAUGUCAACCUCUGUAACUGCAGCCGAUGGUACAGAGGGGCCAUCCACACCCACAACUUGUGUGCUGGCUGUCCGCAGGGUGGCAUCGACACCUGCCAGGGUGACAGCGGUGGUCCUCUUGUGUGCAAACACAACAACGCUGACCAAUUCUGGCUGGUUGGAGUGACCAGCUGGGGGAAAGGCUGUGCCAGAGCAAACCAGCCCAGAGUCUACACCUCCACUCAGCACUUUUAUGACUGGAUCCUGGUACAGGUGGGACUGCACCCAGCAGUAAGGGCUACUCCCAGCAUCCGGGCAUGGAGUCAUUUUCUCACCGCUUCAACCACCUUUCAGACGCCAAGGACAAUAUCAACACAAUUGAGCAGGUUUAGCUCCUGCCCAUUUCCGCUCCAGAAGCUGGUGGAAUUCUUUACUCAGCUGCAGGAGCUCUUGCAGGUCCUAAGGGGAAAAAAGGCUGGAGCAGCAGGAUGA